UGUCAGUACAUUAGAAUCCAUUUUACUUCGUGGACUUGGCAAGGACUGGCAGCGAGGACCGUCUGGGCGACGUGGAAACCCUAGCUGGAUUUCCGGUCGACUUGCAGCGUUGCCGCCGCCGUAAUUUCUGUGCGGCUGCUAAUCUCGGCGGCGAAUCAUCAGAUGCUCCCUGCACCUAAGCCUUUUGAUUCUCGGUUUACGGACAACGGUUAUAUCCAUCGAUUUCUUUAGAUAUGGAAUCAUGUUCAGUGAUCCGAAGAGGAAGAACCGCUGGUCCUUUUCGUAGAGGGCGUGGCCGAAGAGGACGCAGCGUUCCUUUACUUGAUAAUGAGUUAUGGAACCCGAAGCUGUUUGGUUGCCAGAAACCAAACAUCCUAUAUGAGAUGUUUGCAAAAUUCAAUAGCCACAAGCUAUCUUUGAUGAAAGAGAUCAGUUUCCAUGGGUUGUCAAAAAUGCCGAAAUAUCGAUCAUGGAACCGACAAUUCUCUCUGUACUGUCUGAAUCAGUCAAAUACAGAUGGAGAUCCCAUUGAGUUUGAGACCUGUAAUUGUACUAGACUACCCAUGUACCCCUCACACGUACAUCAUAUAUUAGGCGUCCCAGCUGAGGGGAAACAUAUAUCUGUAGAGGAUGAGGAUGUUCCAGAUGCGGUAGUGGAUGAAGUUUGCAGGGCACUGCGGGUUCGUGAGUUAAGUAUUUCCAGUGUGUCUGAUGUUGUUGAAGGUGUUAUUGAUCAGCACAGCACGAAGAAGGAAAAAGAUGCUUUCCAAAUCGCUGUUGUCAUAGUAGCAUUUGCAUAUAUGCUUGACUGCCGAGAUCGGGACCCCAAGAUACCAAAUUUUCUGCUUCCGUACCUUACAAGUGUCAGUAAACUGAAGGAAGUUAACUAUUCAAGGUGUGUGCUUGACAUCCUUUCAAUUGCCGCUCGAAAGGUUCGGGAGGUGAAGAGAGGUGGUUAUUCCACUUGCAUAGUUGGUGGCUGCAUCAUUGUACCUCAGAUCUUUUAUUUGGAUUCCAUCGAUUUUGGCAUUCACAAAGCACCGUCAGGCCUGUUUCCACGAAUCAGGGUUUAUGGAAAGGCAAAAUUAGAUUUGCUUAUUAGUAUGGAUAAGAACUUUCAUACUGUUAAUGUUAGCCAGUGGUACGGUUACUACGAGGUACUCAAGAGUGAAGCUUCCCAAGCCUGAAGACAAAGGGAAAGGCGUAGCCAUAGGAUCCAGAAGGAUUAAGAAAAAGAAGUACAAGAGUGAUAGGCAGUGUAGGAGAGAGAAGCGUUUUAGUGCUUUAAUGAAGGUCGUAGAAGAGCACCAUGCUGCAGAUUCAUAUCUUAUUGAAGACUUGAUACGAGAGAUGCAGAAGAGGAAAAAUCUUCUUCUACACCUGAUAGCAUAUCAUUUGGAGAAUGAGAGUUCAUCCGAAGGUUGUGAGGAAGAUACGACAUCUGAAACACGUGUGGCUGAAGGUGAACAAUCGUUCCAUGAUGACGCCACAUCAGCUAAUCCUUCGUUCAAGAGGCCGAACCGACUGCCACAAACUCCUGGUGUUUGGCAACGGACAAAAGAAGUUAGGAAGGAGGGGUCUGAAGUCGAAGCGUCCGUUAAUUCUUUGAACGUUCAAGCGGAGAGCAACAUGAGUCAAGUUGGAGACAAGAGAGGUGCAGAAGGUAUUAAAUUUCGGAAGGUGUAG